UAUACUAAGUACUUUAACAAGUUACAAGCUAAGAUAAAGAAGUACAGUAUAGAGCCUAAGAAUGUAUAUAAUAUAGAUAAGAAGGGCUUUAUAAUAGGGGUACUUAGCAAAGCUAGAAGAAUCUUUAUAAAGCAGGCAAUAAUAAGUAGCUAG